UGUAUUUAACAUCUAUUGUGUUUUGAUCUCAUUUUUUUACUGUUUAGGUGGGAAUUCCAGAAGAUGCUGUAAAGAGAUGUGCUGUUCAGAUCUCCAGUGCCCUCGAAUUCAUAGCAGAGAAAGGACUUGUGCACAUGGAUCUGAAGCCAGAAAAUAUUUUGGUGUUUGAUAAGGAGUGUCAUUGCAUCAAGAUCACAGACUUUGGCUUUGCUAAGGUCAGAGGGACAGUGAUAAGAUCCAUGUGUGGCAGCAAAUACUACAUGGCCCCAGAGAUGUGUGCCAUGACCAUUUCAGGUGGAUUGGUUGUAGAUGGCAGCCUUGAUGUUUGGGCGUUUGGGGUCAUCAUCUACUGCUUACUUACAGGAAAGUCUCCAUGGCGGUUGGCCAGCCUUGAUGAUGAUGGAUAUAAACGUUUUGUUGAAUGGCAAAACAAUGUCAAGAUGAAUAACCCUCCUGAAGCAUGGAGAAAGAUUCCCACUAAGAUACAAAGGAUGUUUAAUGGUCUUUUGGCAAUUGAUUACUCCAAAAGAAGUCCCAGUACCAAAGUCCUUAAAUACAUAAGGGGAAGCUGGAAAGAAGAACCUGCAGAUUCAGCUAAACGAAAAGAGGAUGAAGAUCCUAUUGAAAUGAAUUCUUCUGAACAAUCUGAGGACUCAUUGGCUUCUCACCUGAGCACUUCACAGAGCUCCAGUGUUUCCAUCACAUCUACACUCAACUCCAUGUCUUCUUCCCUUUUGACAAGAAACACUUCUGGAUCUUAG